AUGGCCAUCGAAAACAUCAUGAUACUUGGCAACGGACAUAUUUGCCGUUCCAUCAUCUCCGCUCUAUGCUCACAACAGACAUCAUCUGAUGACUGCAACUACAAGAUAUCUGUGCUAACGUAUCCUUCUCAAACACUAACUCUUCCACCCAAUGUCUCUCAAUCUCCAGUGCAACACAAAACCUCUGAUUUCACACCAAACGCACUGCAGUCGGCAUUCAUCGGCUAUGAUAUUAUCCUAAGCACAAUGACAGGUGGGGACUCGGACCUACAGGUUGGCAUCAUCAACGCCAUGGUAGCCGCAGGGGUCAGGCGAUUUGUCCCCGAUGAGUUCAGUCAUGACAGUCUGAACAAGCAGCUUCAAGCCCGCCUACCCAAGCAUGCAGAACGAGCAAAUGUUAUUAACCAUCUCAAAAACCUGUCAGAUGCUAGUCCGAGCUUCGAGUGGACAGCAGUCGCUACAGGGUAUACACUUGACACCAAAAUCAUCAAUGGCGAUAUGGGCUUCGACGUGGAAUGGCAAAGUGCUACUAUUCAUGGCACAGGUAUGGAGUUAUUUGCGGCUUCCAGUCUAGCAAGAGUAGGUCAGGUUGUGGCUCGAGUGCUUGCCAAUUGGGAAAAGACCAAAAACCAGUACAUCUAUGCUGCCGGCACUAUCAUAUCAGCUAACGAAGUCCUCGAGUCUGUGGAGGAGUUGACUGGUCAAGAGUUUGCUGUGGGGAGAUAUGCCGUAGAAGAAUGCGUCGAAGAAGGGCGGAAAAGGAUCGAAAGAGGCUAUCCUGAUUCGGGGCUUGCUUUGCUCGAGCGGAGUAUACUCUACGAUGGCCAGCUGAAUGCAUCGGCACCUUUUAGGACACACAACGCCAAUGACAUGCUAGGGCUUGCGCCAGAGUCGGCAAACUCCAUUGUUACAAAAGCAUAUCGCUUGAGGCAUCUUGGCAAACCGGGUUGUGCAUGUGCAACAUGA